AUGGCAUCAACGUCUACACAUAAUAUACUUCAUCAAAAAUUAUUUGAUGGUAAAAGCAAAACAAUCUACUCAAUUAUUGAUCAGCCUAGUCUUAUCUGUAUUCAUCGAAAAGAUUACUAUGAUCCAUCAGCUUCAACACUUAGCAUUCCCGGCAACCGUCGAUCUAGCUUUGACAGUAUCGCUCGUUUAAAUAAUCAGCAGCAAAAUCGCAGUCCGACGGAUAGUCUUAGCAAAGGCGUAUUAACAACAUCGAUCACAACAUGUGUUUAUGAAAUUUUACGCGAAGCAUCGAUUCCAACGUUUUAUGUCGCUCCAUAUAAUCAACCCGAUAUGUUUAUUGCCAAAAGAUGUACAAUGAUACCAAUCCUAUGGAUUAUUCGUCGUUUAGCAACUGAAACCUAUGUGAAACGAAAUCCCGGUAUUGUCAAUGGUCAUCGUUUCGUGCCUCCAAUUAUUGAAAUCGUUUAUAAACGUCAUUCGUUACUCGAGAAGCAAUCAACGAUUGACAUCAAUGACGAGACUCUUGAAUCCGAUCGCGAAAGUCAAUUCGAUGAUGAUGAAUUAGACGCCGAUGAAUGUAUUUCAUCCAUAUGGUCGUACGAGCAAUUAUUAAAUACAAAUAUUCAUACUGAAAACUUGAAAAUUUCUCAAACUGAUGUUGAAUAUAUGUAUGAAAUAUGUUGUACAGUUUUCGACAUACUUGAACAUGUGUGGAUGGUGAAAAAGAACUGUCAAUUGAUCGAUCUAAAAAUUGAAUUUGGUAUAACGUCAAUAGCACCAAAAGAAAUCGUUAUCGCUAACGUGUAUGGUGUUGAAACUUGGCAUUUAUUACGGCCAAUUGAAAAAACUAUAUCGACUGGAAGUGAUCUACUCCAAGAGAAUCUCAUUUGGAUCAAUAAUUCCUUACGAGAUAUACUUGAAUUAAACAUUAAUCUCCCAACAACAGCAAGAGUACUCUCACGACGUGAAAGUGACGAACAAAAGAUGUCGAAUAUCAUACCUGAAUAUGAACAUAUCCAUAUAGACAAUGGUAUCUUGUCAUUAAACCUCUAUUCAACACCAUUAAUGACGAGUCGUUGUGUGAUUAUUUGUGCAUCAUUGCAGGAUGCUGAACAUGGUCAAAAAAUCAAAACGAUUCUUAAUGAAACAUACAACAUUCAAUGUGAUAUUCGUCUUUAUUCGAUCUAUAAAUCUACUCAAACAGUAUUGAAGUUUCUAUCUAACUACGGACAUGAACACUGUCGACCAACUGUUAUUGUCACACUUGGUAACAUCAACAAUGGUCUUGCAAUGUGUCUUUCAUCGAAUUGUCAAUAUCCGGUCAUACAUUGUUCUUUAAUAAAUAUUGAACAACAAAACAAUUUAUUCGAUAUUAAUUCAUAUGUAUCCAACGAUACGUCAUUGUUUACUGUCGUAUUUACAAUCGCAAGUGCUAUACAGAAUGUCGUACAGAUACUUGCUAUGAACGAUUGGAGAUUGUGGGUCAAGCUCCGUGGUAAACGAUUCAAAAAAUAUAUGGAGUUGAUCAUUGCUGAUCAACAACUGUUGAAGACACAAACGACGAAGAAAGCGAAUAGUGGAGCACUUAUGAAUAAAUAA